CAAACCCGGUUUUGUUUUUUUUUUUAAAUUGUUUGAGUUUAUCUUGAUUGACCAUCGAUGUUCCAAUGGGCAUCGAUCAAACAUCGAUGUGAAAUCCGACAUCGAAAUUUAGCAUCGAUGCUUAGGCAAACAUCGAUGUUUCGCAUCGAUGUUAAAAUUAUAGACAUCGCACAGCACUGCCUGACCUACAUGCUGAUCAAUGGUUAUGUCUGGCUAUAGUCUAGCUUUUAUUAUUUAUUUAUUUACCGUAUCCUGUGGGACUAAGAGGAUUUUUAUUUUUAUUCCUGUCUAUCAUAGGUUCGGUCAUAUCCACAAUGAAAGUAACCGGGUUUCUAAAAAAAACUUAGUUGACAUAUGUAAGUCAAACAAGUAAGAUUGACUCAACAAAUAAUAAAAAAUGUUCACUAAUUGAUAAUUCAGUAUAUUUAGUCAGACGGCCGGAUGGCCGAGCGGUCAAGAUGGCAACCUACCGCUCUGGGGGACCCUAGAUCGACUCCAGACGGGUCAAGGGAUCUUCAGGAAUCUUUCGGGGUCGGUCCGUUCGGAUAUGUCGGGCCCCGUCUCUCAUCACCCAGUCACCCCGUUGUGGGCCUGGCCGAACCCACAAUGGGCCUGCUAUAAGAGGCCCUCUUAGUGCCCACAGGGCGGAAAGAGUAUUAAAAAAAAGUAUAUGUAGUUUAAUUAGAAUUAGUUUUUUUCCUCCCGAAUGGUUUCUGCCAAUCUAAUGUUGAGUAGCCAUCAAAUUUUAUUUUACAAUAUUCCGAUUUCUAAUUUUAAACUUAUGGCAACUUUAUUCUUAGUGCCCAUUGAGAUGAUGAAAGAGUACAGUACUGUAAUUUAAAAAAGGAAAAAAAAAAAGCUCGAAAUUUAACACGAAGCGCCACUCCGCGGUUAUUUCUUGUUUUGGUUGGAAAUUUGAAAUGGCAGUCACAUGGUAAUGGAGUGAUGGCAUCCGAUCUUCUUCGCUUUAAAAGAAGAUUGUAACAGAAAGUAAACAUGAAGUACAUCGGAGAAAGAGCCUAUAAAGAGCUAAAAUCUCCAUAUAAACACUGAUAGAAGAAGAAAAGAAGAAGAAGAAGUAAACAUGAAGUAAUUUAAGUAGUAAAAAUUUUCUUUUUCAGUUGAUUUUAAGACAGAUGCGGUCGGUACGCUAAGAAAAAACAGAAAGGACCUGCCAGAAGACAUUAAAAAAAAGAAAUUGAAGAAAGGAGAUUUCAUCGCAUUCUACAGAAAAAAGUUGAUGACGUUGAAGUGGCAGGAUAAGAAGGAAGUGUGUAUGCUAUCGACCGUACAUGGUGCUGAAGUGGUCCCAAUAAAAACCAAAAGUGGAGAAGAAAAAUUAAAACCACUUGUCUGUGUGGAGUACAGUAAAGGAAUGGGAGGAAUAGAUCUUGCGGAUCAGUGUAUUACAACAUACUCGAUUGCAAGGGCUCGCCUAAAAAAAUAUUAUCACAAAAUGUUUCGUCACCUGCUGGACAUCACAAUCUUCAAUUCUUUUAUCCUGUAUAAAAAGUGUGGAGGAACGCUUACUCAACUAAACUUCCGGUUGCAACUUGUGGACCAACUUACAGAGAAGUACAUCGGUGGAAUUACCAAACCAGUCCCUUCAAGAAAACACAUGCAGGAAAUUACCCCAAACAGACUCCUGGAGAGGCAUUUUCUAAGAGCGAAUUCACCGACAAGUACAAAAAAGCAUGCAACAAGAAAAUGCGUCGUUUGUAUCAAAAAAGGAUCUAGGAAAGAAUCAACCUAUUCAUGUAAACAGUGUGGCGUUCCUCUGUGUGUAGAUCCUUGUAUGGAAAUUUAUCAUACGAAAAAAAAUUUCUGAGAAUACAAGUGCAAGAUUCGAGGACAAGAAUUUCUACGAGAUAUUUAUUAUUUUACACUUUUAUUUUCAAUUUGAAUAUUCCAGAUUUUAUUUAUUAUUUAGUAUACUUUUAAAUUUAAUAUAUUUUUAUUAUAAACACUAAUUCCUCCCAGCAUU